AUGAAAGGGUCCGAUGGGGAAAGUGAUUACUUGAAGCAGCUUGAAGCUCAGAGGAAAGCAUUCGAGGCUCAAUUCGGGUCUUUGGAAUCGAUGGGAUUUGAGGACAAGACUAAACAUGUCUCAGAAGAUGGGAGUGCCGAUCCCGCCUCAGAUUCUUCUGAACACAGUUCUGAGGAAUCUGCAAACGAUAGGGAAAAUGAAGAGGCAAGCAGUUCUGAAGAUGAAAACGUUGAUAUACCUGUAGUGGUACCCAGCGGCAUGGGCGCUUCGCAGACCGCCAAAAAGAACAAGCCAAAGACGAUCAAGUUUGACGGUCCCAGUGAUACGUACGUCCCGUUAAGUAAACAGGAACAAAAACUAGUGAGAAGCGGUAAAACUCUGUCACACAUCGCCAAACAGGCGGCCAAGAGAGACGCUACGAAGAAACCGGUCACGGAGGACGACAACUUGGAGGAAGAGAAUUUGGCGAAGGACGUUGAAUUGCAACAGUUUCUAAGCGAAUCGCACUUACUGAGUGCGUUUAGUAACGGCAUAGGCUCCAACAAUCCUACGAGCGGUGUUGGGUUAACUUUGGAGAGUCUUUCUAAUGGGAACCAGCAGUCCGUGGUGUACCAUGACGAUGAGGUGAUGGGCAAAGCGCGGAUGAAAACGCUGGAGGCACGGCUGCGGGGUGUCUCCUCGGCUAACGGGCGAGACAAGAAGGUGAACAAACUGGAGAAAGUGCCCAUGCACAUCCGCAGAGGAAUGAUUGACAAGCACACGAAGCGGAUCGCGCAGUAUGAGAGGGAUGCCGCCGAGGGCGGCAUCAUCUUGUCAAAGGUGAAGAAGGGCCAGUUCCGUAAGAUCGAGGCCACGUACAAGAAAGACAUCGAGCGCCGUAUCGGUGGUAGCAUACGGAACAAAGACCUGGAGAGAAGCGCCAAGAGGGAGCGCGGUCUACGGAUAAACAGCAUCGGCCGGUCCACCAGGAACGGUCUUGUUGUUUCUAAGGACGAAAUCGCCCGAAUCAACGGCACAAACUCGAACACGGGCAAAAACCAGAAGCAGGGCAAGCGUCGUCGUCGCUGA